AUGGCUUCGAGCAAGGCACGGCACACCACGGUGACUGCGCGCGAGUACGCAGGAUCAGACGAGACCACGCCACUGCUCCCCUCCUCAACCCCAAUCCCCAAGCUCAUCUCCAAAGCCUCUCCUCGCACCCUCAUCAUCCUCGUCAUCGUCGUCAUCCUCCUGGCUUCAUGCGGCGACCAACUCAUGGAAAGUCCGCAAACACGCAUCUUCGAAUCCGUCAUCUGCUACCGCUACUACGAAGCCACCGACCCCAGCAAACUUCUAGUCGGCCGGGAGGCCGUCGGACCCGGGGCCAUCGGCGGCGUGGCGGAGAUGUGGUGCAAAGUCAGUCCGGUGCAGAGCAAGGUGGCCUCGUUGCGCGGUUGGCAGUUCACGCUUGAAGGCAUUCCCUCGCUCCUGCUGGCCCUGCCUGCCGGCUGGGCCGCAGACACCAUCGGCCGCAAACCCGUCGCGAUUCUGGGUCUCCUCGCCUUCCCUCUGCGCGCCGCAUGGAUGCAACUCGUCACCUUCUUCUGGCAGGCGUUUGACGUGCGCAUGUCGUGGAUCUCCGCCGUCUUUGCGUCGAUCGGCGGCGGCAGCACCGCCUUGACGAGCGUCAUGUAUGUCAUCGUCUCCGACAUCACCACCGAGGCCAACCGGGCCAACGUCUUUGUCCUCCUCUCGGGCUUCAACCUGCUGGCAGCGCUGUUCAUGCCGCCCCUGGCCGCUCUGCUCAUGGAGACCAACCCCUGGAUCGCCUGUCUGGCAGGCACAUGCCUCCAGCUCCUCGCCAUACCAACAUUCCUCUUCUUCCCCGAAACCUUGAACUACAACCACUCUCCCCCGCCGCCCAUCGUGCCAGAACCCACAACCGCACCUCACGGCAAUCACGCUGACUCCCCCGCCCCGCCCCCAGGAUUCUGGCGCGCCCUCCCCACCAGAAGCAAAAACGCCACCGCCUUCCUCACCCGCGACUGGCGCAUCCUCGCUCUCACAGCCCCCUUCCCCUUCCUCUUCCUCGGCGGCAACGCCACGCAACUCCUAAUCCAAUACGUCAGCGCGCGCUACGAAAUCAAGCUCUCGAAAGCCAUCCUCAUCACCACAAUCCGCAUGAUAGUAGUAACAAUCAUCCUCUUCGCCGGCCUCCCCCUCCUCUCCAAACUCCUCCUCCGCAAAUACGCCUUCUCCCCGCGCCGCAAAGACCUCAAUCUCGGACGUCUCUCCCUCCUCUUCGGCGCCCUAGGCUGGAUCCUGUGCGGCUUCGCGCCCACCAUCCCCGUCGUCAUCGUCGCCCUGACCAUCAGCGCGCUCGGCGUCGGCUCCGUCCCAAUGCUGCGCAGCUUCAUCACCUCCAUCGUCGAGAAGCAGCAUAUUGCGCGCGUGUACGCCAUCAUCACCGUGCUGGACACGCUGGGCGGCAUGGCGGGGUCGCCGGUGAUGGCGAAGCUGUUUUCGCGCGGUUUCGCGCUCGGCGGGUAUUGGACGGGGUUGCCUUUUUACUUUCUCGGGUCGAUGACGGGCGCGUGCGCGGUGUUGAUUUUUGGGGUGAAUUUGCGCAAGGGGGAGGAUGUGUGUGCUGUGCAGGACUCCGAGGAAGAGGAAGAGGAGGCAAGAGAGGAAGAGGUGCCAACGGUAUAG